GACGACACCACGAUCUACCUCCGUCAAAAUGACCGCUUCGACCACCUCACGAACCUUCUCGACACCUGGUGCUGUGCAUCUGGGGCUAAAUUCAACACAGAAAAAACUGAAAUAAUACCAAUAGGCUCCCUAGCACACUGUAACCGUGUAAUAAUUAUUAACAACAUGCUGUCUCCAUCCUGA